CCCACUCAGAGCCGGUUUCGUCCUGAAGCGGCGGCGGACCCCUCCCUGGGGCGGAAGGUCCUGGGGGAAGGAAAGCUCCUGCUCUCACCAUGGGAGGGCACCCAGGUGGGUUGGUGUAUUUUUGCUUCCAGUUCUGGCUGUUUUGAAUGAUGCCCUGGAACCCGGCGCCUACCCACAACCUCCGACCCCACUCACCCUGGGCCUACUCACAAGCCUUCAGACCCCGCCCAUCCGGCGCCUAUGCUCGACCUCUGACUUUGCGCACCGGACGCCUAGGGGUCUUGGAACUCAUCGCGCCCCUCUCGCUGGAGGGGCUCCCUUCGUGGCCGGAAGGGGAACGUCCGCCCUACUCUCGGAAGGGGCUGUGGGUGGCUGUUCCGUGAGACCGCACAUGGGCGGUAACGUGCCACAAUGGACCCCAAGCUCAGGGUAGCCCCUCUCGCUUCUGCUCCGUGAAAACCUGGGUGACAACGCAGAGACGGAACCGCCGUGGGAGCAAUCUGUCUGCAACGUGGCGCCCAGGCCAGGGAGUGCCGCCCAGCGUAAUCAGCUCGCUGUGCAGUUCCCAGCCCAGGAGGCCACACGCGGCCACCCAUCGGGCCACCGCCCUCCCAGAUUUCAGGCUGGAACUCUAGUAUAAUUGCCUGUGCUGGAGAUGUUGACUUCAACAAGAGGUGGUAGGUGGAAAUGGAAAGGGAGACAUUUUACCAUUUAAGAUCCAGGUUACUGCCCUGUAAAACUGGGAACGACCACUGGAAGACUUCAGUCUGGAGUGAAUACUUUGCAGGGUUCAAAGAGGAUAAAAGGAAUACAGUAACUCCAGUAUUUAAUUUUUUAUCAACAGUGUUAUACUUAAAUUAUGGACCCUAUAGUUCUUACGCCCCACAUUAUGACUCCACAUUUGCAAAUAUCAGCAAGGAUGAUUCUGAUUUAAUCUACUCAACCUAUGGUGAAGACUGUGAUCUUCUGAGUGGUUUUGGCAUCCAUGAGUUUUUGGCUGCCUGUCAAGAUUAUCCAUAUGUUAUGGAAGAUAGUUUAUUGGAUGCUUUAACAAAAGGAGGGCAUUCUAGAACCCUUCAAGAGUUGGAGAUGUCAUCACCUGAAGAUGAAGGACAGACCAGGACAUUUGACACAACAAAUGACAUGGAGCAGGUUACAGAAACAGAGCUGGCAGGGCAUUUGGACUACAGUAACCAGGACAGGCUCAUAGCACUGAAAGCAGUCACAAACUUUGGCACGCCAGUUGAUGUUUUUUACUCCGAAGAAGCUGAAGCGUUCCAGAGGAAACUUGACGAGACCACGAAAUUGCUUAGGGAGCUCCAGGAAGCCCAGAAUGAACGUCUGAGCACGAGACCCCCUCCCAACAUGAUCUGUCUCUUGGGUCCCUCAUACAGAGAAAUGCACCUCGGUAUGUGGCACCUUAGGUACAAGGAGAGUUGGGGGUGCUUAAAGUGAAAACCUCCAGCUGAACAGAUGACCAAUAAUCUUAAAGAACUUGCAUAGCAAGUUACUCCUGGUGAUAUUGUCAGCAUGUAUGGAGUUCGAAAAGCAGUGGGGAUUUCCAUUCCUUCCCCCAGCGUAGAAAACAACUUUGUAGAUUUAACAGAAGAUUUUGAAGACCUUAACAAGACUGAUGUUGCCAAAUGUGGACCUGAUGGGAUUUGAAGCUAACUGGAUUUGAUUAUAUAUAAUGUACAUACAUAUAUUUUUUUCAUUCUUAACUUGGAAAUGCUUUUUAGAGGAUAUUAAAUAUUUGUAAAAUGUGUUUUUAAUCAAACUUUGGAAUAAUUUUAAUGUUCCAGAGAUUGGACUUCUAUUAGGUAAUAAAGCUGAAUCUGGGACUCUGAGUUACAUUGUACGUGUCUGCUAAGUUAGCCCCAUGACCUUUGCCUGGGCUGAAUCUGAGGCUAUAGUGAUAAAAUUGAGAGAAGCUAAAAACAAACAAAAAAAAGACACUUGCUUUUUUUGGGAACCAUUAAUUAAAGAAGUCCCCAAAAUAACUGAAAUCCCACAUUUGCUACACUGCUUAAAGAAUUAUAACCUAACUUAACAGAUCUCAUGUUGGUGGUUCAUCCCAGUAAGGGCCUCCGUGAGGAAGCAGUGUGGCUCUGGCUAUUGCCAUACCCAGCAGUAAGGGCCUCCGUGAGGAAGCAGUGUGGCUCGGGCUAUUGCCAUACCCAGCAGUAAGGGCCUCCGUGAGGAAGCAGUGUGGCUCUGGCUAUUGCCAUACCCAGCAGUAAGGGCCUCCGUGAGGAAGCAGUGUGGCUCGGGCUAUUGCCAUACCCAGCAGUAAGGGCCUCCGUGAGGAAGCAGUGUGGCUCGGGCUAUUGCCAUACCCAGCAGUAAGGGCCUCCGUGAGGAAGCAGUGUGGCUCGGGCUAUUGCCAUACCCAGCAGUAAGGGCCUCCGUGAGGAAGCAGUGUGGCUCGGGCUAUUGCCAUACCCAGCAGUAAGGGCCUCCGUGAGGAAGCAGUGUGGCUCUGGCUCUUGCCAUACCCAGCAGUAAGGGCCUCCGUGAGGAAGCAGUGUGUGUGGCUCGGGCUACUGCCAUACCGAGCAGUAAGGGCCUCCGUGAGGAAGCAGUGUGGCGCGGGCUCUUGCCAUACCCAGCAGUAAGGGCCUCCGUGAGGAAGCAGUGUGGCUUGGGCUCUUGCCAUACCCAGCAGUAAGGGCCUCCGUGAGGAAGCAGUGUGGCUCUGGCUCUUGCCAUACCCAGCAGUAAGGGCCUCCGUGAGGAAGCAGUGUGGCUCUGGCUCUUGCCAUACCCAGCAGUAAGGGCCUCCGUGAGGAAGCAGUGUGGCUCGGGCUCUUGCCAUACCCAGCAGUAAGGGCCUCCGUGAGGAAGCAGUGUGGCUCUGGCCCUUGCCAUACCCAGCAGUAAGGGCCUCCGUGAGGAAGCAGUGUGGCUCUGGCCAUUGCCAUACCCAGCAGUAAGGGCCUCCGUGAGGAAGCAGUGUGGCUCUGGCCAUUGCCAUACCCAGCAGUAAGGGCCUCCAUGAGGAAGCAGUGUGGCUCUGGCCAUUGCCAUACCCAGCAGUAAGGGCCUCCGUGAGCAAGCAGUGUGGCUCUGGCUCUUGCCAUACCCAGCAGUAAGGGCCUCCGUGAGGAAGCAGUGUGGCUCGGGCUCUUGCCAUACCCAGCAGUAAGGGCCUCCGUGAGGAAGCAGUGUGGCUCUGGCCAUUGCCAUACCCAGCAGUAAGGGCCUCCGUGAGGAAGCAGUGUGUGUGGCUCUGGCCAUUGCCAUACCCAGCAGUAAGGGCCUCCAUGAGGAAGCAGUGUGGCUCUGGCCAUUGCCAUACCCAGCAGUAAGGGCCUCCGUGAGGAAGCAGUGUGGCUCGGGCUCUUGCCAUACCCAGCAGUAAGGGCCUCCGUGAGGAAGCAGUGUGGCUCUGGCUAUUGCCAUACCCAGCAGUAAGGGCCUCCGUGAGGAAGCAGUGUGUGUGGCUCGGGCUAUUGCCAUACCCAGCAGUAAGGGCCUCCGUGAGGAAGCAGUGUGUGGCUCGGGCUAUUGCCAUACCCAGCAGAAAGUGGGAGCAGACCCGGCCUGGCCAAGUGCUUUCCGAGUAGUGAUGAGCCUUAGGGUUCACUGACCGUAACUAAGAAACUUUUUUUAAAUGUCCCUAUCCAGUGAGAUUUCUCCACUACACCUUGAAGAACAAAGGAACAUAUUUAAAGUAAUUUUAGAGUUUACUACUAUGGUUCAGCCCCUUAAGUACCUGAUGGAAAUGAUGUCCUUGUAUAGGAUUAGGUGGUCAAAAAAAAGCAAAAACUGUUUCAUGGCAUUAACUUAUCUUUUUUUUUUUCUGCCUUUUUUGAGAGGGUUGUUUGACACUGUAGAAAAGGGAUAAGCCAAGUAAGAUAAAGUAAAACAUCCUUGAGUAGGUCAGUUACUGAGCUUAAAGGAACGUUUACAUUUCAAUAUACUGUUUCCCAAAGGUCACCUGUGUCUCAGCCUUACCCACUGAAGUAAUCCUGAUCUACUUUUAUCUGGAAUACAAAGGUCAAGUGCCCAGCCAGUUUAAUUAAGUAGGAGACCAGGAGACACGUGGUCCCCUUCUAUAACCAGUAAUUGGACUGCUGAGUCUGGUUCAGUAUAUAAACUGUGUAGUCUAAAAUAAAAAACAGGGAUAAAAAUCUGAGAUGUAUAUAGCCUAGACUGGUAAACAAAUUAAGUAACAGACCCUGCUAGGAUUGUGUAGAGCCCACCUAUAAAACGCCCAAGCAGGAACCUCUUUCACUGUGAUUGUCAGUGUGACUAUUUGGAAUUUGAAAAUUAAUAAGAACAAAUAGAGUGAAGGAAAACUGAUUGUCUCAGGAGAGUUAAAGAUGACCUAAUAAUCUUUUAAAAACCUAUGCCUAGGAGGCGGAGCCAAGAUGGCAAAAUAGGCAGACGCUUCCGUCGAGCCCUCUUUACAACAAAGACCCUAAAAACCAAGUGAAACGAGUAUAUUUGUGACAAGCUGGGAGCCCUGAGCAUCAAAGGCAGGCUUAGACAAGAACUGAGGGGCAGGGGGAGGAAGAGGCCGUUCAGAAGUGGAGAGGAGUUGCCAGACCUGAAUCUCGGAGAGCCCUCAGGCACCAUUCCCAGGGCGACAGCGGUGGCGGUGGGCAGGUACUCGCGUUCGGCUGCAGUUUCCUCAGGGAGAAGCAGCCACACAGCCCACUCACACCUCUGGAACCUGAGGAGAACGGUGCGUACUUGGCGAAAGCUAAGUACUUGUGUAUAUUUUACUGCGUCCCCCACCCCCACCCCCACCCCCAAGCCAGCUUCAGCAGCUGGAAUCCCUGUGCCGCAGAUAGACCCUGGUGAGCACGUAGAGCCAUCCUCCCGGCCUUGGGGAAGGAAAAGCUUUGCAAUUGGGGGGAAAAGAUAAUUUGCUAGCUCCAUUAACCGGGGGAGCUCAGGACACAAGCGGUCCCUGUCCAGGCAUAAAGCAUCCGUGGACCUUGAAUACCUUUCCCUUCUGCAUGGACCUGUGUGGGCCUAUUUCAGGAGAAUAGGCCCUUGUAGGCAAAGUCCAAUCAUUUCAGCUGUGCGGUGGAGAGAUGGGUGUUUGACGUUUGACAUUGCUUUGCCUACUAAACAAGGUCCUCACCUACCCACAUCAGGGACCUAAGGACUAGUAGCUCCACUCAGGUCACCCAACCACCCACGACAGGGGUACAAAGAUAACUGGUACCUCCCAGUCCUUACAACCAAAAACAUUGGGUGCCCAUGGUCCCUCUACAGAACCCACCCACCAGCACACUCUAGGGAACAGAGAUGUAUUUUCCUCAGAGACACUUGGGGGUUGGUUCUCAGCCCCCUGCUUUGUUCAGAGCAUGACCCCCUGCUAUAAUCAGAAACCACUAUAGACGCCAAUCACCCCUGCCCCUCUAAGACUGUAGGACAGAGCCUGUACCACACACUUGAAAUCAGCUACCUGGAAACCUGAGCUGAAUUCAUACAAGAAAACUGAAUGGACUCCUAGACUGAUAUACCUGAAAACAGCUCUAGCCAGCUGGGGACAGGACACCACAGCUCCAAAGGCGAAAAUAAUCAAGCCAGCUCACUCAAGGUACCCAUAGGGGUAUACCAAAACAAAACAAGGCAAGCAGCUAAAACACAGUAAGCAAGCGUAAACUAAUACAAUAACUUAUAGAUGGCUUGGAGAAAACAGUCAAUAUCAAGUCACGUAAAGAAACAGACCAUGAUCACCUGAACAGGCUCUCAAAACAAAGAAUCCAGGGAUCUUCUAGAUGAAAGUGCAUUCCUGGAAUUACCAGAUGCAGAAUACAAAAGUUUAAUAUAUAGAACCCUUCAAGACAUCAGGAAGGAAAUGAGGCAAUACACAGAACAAGCCAAGAAACACACAAAUAAAGCAACUGAAGAAAUUAGAAAGAUUAUUCAGGAACAUAAUGAAAAGUUUAAUAAGCUGGAAAAAUCCAUAGACAGCAAUCAGAAAUUCAGAUUAACAAAAUUAUAGAAUUAGAUAAUAGAGGAGCAGAAGUGAGCAAGUAGAAGCUAGAAUUUCUGAACUCAAAGAUAAAUCACUUGGCACUAAUAUAUUUGAAGAAAAAUCAGAUAAAAAUUAAAAAAAAAAGAAACCUUAAGAGCCCUGUGGGACUCUAUCAAAGAGAAAUAACCUACAAGUGAUUGGAGUACCAGAACAGGGAGGGAUAACAGAAAAUACAGAGAAAGUUGUUGAAGAUUUGUUGGCAGAAAACUUCCCUGAUAUUGUGAAAGAUGAGAAGAUAUCUAUCCAAGAUGCUCAUCGAACUCCACGUAAGGUAAAUGUUAAAAGAAAGUCACCAAGACAUAAUCACGCUUGCCAAAACCAAAGAUAAAGAGACAAUUAUAAGAGCAGCGAGGGAUAAAAGAAAGUCACUUACAAAGGAGAGCCAAUAAGAAUAAGCUCAGACUACUCGGCAGAAACCAUGCAGGCAAGAAGGCAAUGGGAUGACAUAUUUAAAAAAUUGAAGGAAAAAAAAUGCCUGCCAAGAAUCAUAUAUCCAUCAAAACUGUCUCUUAAAUAUGAAGGUGAAAUUAAGACAUUUCCAGAUAAACCCAAGUUUAGGGAAUUCGUAAAAACCAAACCAAAACUACAAGAAAUACUAAAGGGAGAUUGUUGGUUAGGAAAUCAAUAGUAUCAGGUAUCGACCCAAGACUAGAACAGUGGUCAGAGCAACCAGAAGUCAACCCAGACAGAGAAAUCAAAAUAAAAAGAAACAAGCAAGUUAAAAAAAAAAAAAGCAAAAGCCCAACACAGGGUAAUGGCAAUGUUAU